AUGGGCACAGCGGAGGUGAUCCUAUCCCUCUUCGUGGUCGUGAUGAUGAUCGUCUCGUUGCUGUCCAACGUGUUGGUGCUGAUCUGCUUCCUCUCCAGUGCUGAAAUCCGCAAACAGGUGCCCGGGAUGUUCAUCAUCAACCUGACUCUCAGCAACUUGUUGACCACGGCGUUGAACAUGCCCCUGACCCUGGUGGGGAUGAUCAGCCAGGGCCAGCCGGGGGGAGACGCCUUCUGCCGGACCGUGGGCUUCCUGGAGACCUUCCUCACCACCAACUCCAUGCUGAGCAUGGCCGCGCUGAGCAUCGACCGGUGGAUCGCGGUGGUCUUCCCUCUCAGUUACAAUUCCAAGAUGCGCUACCAGGACGCUGCCGUCAUACUGGGCUACACGUGGCUCCACUCCGUGUGUUUCCCCGUGGUGGCCGUGUGCCUGUCCUGGGUGGGAUACAGCCACCUGUACGCCUCCUGCACCCUGUGCCACAGCCGGACUGACGACCGGAUCCAGUUUGUGGUCUUCACCGUAGCCUUUCACAGCCUGAGUUUCCUCCUGUCGCUCCUGGUGCUGUGUCUGACCUAUCUCAAGGUGCUGAAGGUAGCGCGGUUUCACUGCAAGAGGAUAGAUGUCAUCACCAUGCAAACUUUAGUCCUGCUGGUCGACAUCCACCCCAGUGUAAGACAACGCUGCCUGGAAGAGCAGAAACAGCGGAGACAGCGUGCAACAAAGAAAAUCAGUACCUUCAUCGGCACAUUUAUACUGUGCUUUGCACCUUAUGUCAUCACAAGGCUGGUAGAAUUGUCUACAUCAGUAUCCAUCAAUCCACUUUGGGGGAUUCUUUCCAAAUGCUUGGCUUACAGCAAGGCUGUCUCAGAUCCCUUUGUGUACUCCUUACUACGUCAUCAAUAUAAGAAGACAUGGAUGGACAUUAUUAAUAGAUUCCUUAAAAGAAGUUCUUUGAACUCCUCCGCACUAACAGGUGAAACACAAAACAGCAAUUUUUUACAAACAGCAGAAUAA